AUGCGUGGCGCUCAACACCACACGCCCUUUGCAAGAUGGCUGGUCACAUGUGUGGAAGAGGUUCUCAUUGAGGAAGAGGCCGAUCUCAUCCGACAAGCUAUCAACGCCCGCUUCAUCGUGAACAAUGACUUAUCGCGCAUCACCGCUGAUACCAACGGAGACACACUACCUGAGAUAUUUUGGUGGCCGCAAUGGCCGAAUCGAGACAUCCUUAGAGAGCUGGCGUGGCGCCUCCCCGACCUUAAGCACGAGGUCGCUCUGGCUUGUAUCGUUGCCAACUACCAAGAUGUGUUUGAUGAGCUACGCGUCUGGCACUCUCAUUGGCAGGCGGAGGUCGCCUGA